AUGAGCAGCGAGACCGGCCGCGUCGUGAUGAUCGUGCGCGCCGCGUCGCCCCGUCCCGACGCCGCGGCUGCUGCACCCGCCGAGCGCCCGCUCUCGCUCAACAUUGGCGCAAUGGAGGCCGACUGGCGGCAGCAGCAGUUCCAGCGCCAGCGCAUGCAGCUCCUGAGCAUGGCGAUAUUCCUCUGCUUCCUCGUGCUGUUUUUCGACAAUCGCGCAGGGGACCUCCGGGCGAGCAGCCAAAGUAGCAGCAGUCGAAGUAGCAGCACGAGCUCGACGACCGCUGGGCCGUCUGCCAGCGGCGGCAGUGGCGCGUCGGGCCCGACGACCGCGGCGCGGAACCGCUACGCGCUGCCCCUCAGCGCCUUCAACGACACGGACCGCGUGCAGAAGAUCGAGCAGUUGGAGCACCUGCUGCAGCUGCAAGACGGGUAUAGGGCCAAGGAGCCGCCGCUGAACGUGACGGGCAUUUACUCGGGCACGUGGGACGCGCUGCGGCCGGAAGACUAUGACGCGACCAAGUACCAGUUCCAGGACAUUGUCCCGUACUUGAAAGUGGACCGAGCGAUCCAAGUGCAGCAGUACACGCAGCCUGUGGAGACGGGGCACACGUGGCUUUUUCUCAAGAUGAAGGUGCCGGUUUCGAAAGAAUUGAUGGACGAAGUGGCGUACGUGACGGGACAGCUGGUGAUCUAUGAAGAACAGGCGUCGCUUGCCGCGACGAUUUUGCCCGUGCAGGGCGUGUUUCUCCGGAAACUGGGCACGUUGACGCUGUUUGGCAAUAGUCCGGACUCGAGUGUGCAGAUUUUGUAUCGGAGAGAGCAUGGACGGCAGACAAACGGGACGCAAAGGGGGGCGAUGAAUGUGCUCUCUGCUUUGUUUGAUGGUGUCGGGGAAGAGACUGGUGGCAAAGAGGAAGCAGAUGGGAAGGUCGAUUCGGAAAGUGUGCCAGGACAAGCUAGAGCUGAGCUCAUGGACCUUGGGGUGCUGGAUGGCGUGCCGACUAUCGAGAACCGAGACGAGUAUGCAGCAGUCGAUAUCUCGCCGCCACGGCAUUCGUUCGUGUCGCGCUUUCGAAGCAGUGACUCGUUUAGUGACCAGUGCGUGAGCAUCGUCGAGAUGACAUUGGUGAAUGACACGAGUAAACCUGCGAGAAAAGACGGAGAGAUUGAUGAGAAGGAUGACGCAGCGACCGCGCUCCAAAAGUCGAUGCGCCAUAUGAAGCUAGAAGGGACGCUGGCUAGUGCGAAUUGCGGACUGUAUAUGAAACUGGACACGACGUUCCAGGAGGAGAACCUGAACGUGUUCUUUGCUAAGGCUUCUCGUUACGCAUUGAUCAUGACGUUCAUAGCAAUGGCGGAAAUCUACUUUCUGCUGCGGCAAUUGCAAAUUUCCAGUACACAAGCUACAGCGGCAAAGGUGUCGCUAUUGACUAUCGGACAGCAGGCUAUUGUGGACUCGUACUUGUGUCUUGGCCACUUGACUGUGGGCAUCGUGGCCCAGAAUGUGUUUGCCGCCUUUGCUUCUGUCGCGUUUGUGAAGCUCAUCAUUUUCUCGGUGUUUGAGAUGCGAUAUCUGCUCAUCAUUUGGAAGGCGCGGAGACCACAGGGGUUUUCGGAAGGCUGGCUCACACUUCGUCGUGAGCUCACGACACUGUACUCGCGCUUUUACCUAUCUCUGCUGGUUGGGCUCUGCAUAUUCUACAACUGCUCGAAUCACUUGCCCGAGCUAGUGUUUAUCUGCUACUCAUUUUGGGUCCCUCAAAUCGUUCACAAUGUCCAUAAGGAGGUGCGAAACGCGUUUGAUCUGGGAUACCUGUACGGCAUCAGCGCGCUGCGCUUAUUUUUGCCGCUCUACUUCUACGGCUGUCCGGAUAACUUUCUCACAGCCUUUCCGAUGUACGAGCGCAAGAUGAACUCGCACUUUUGUUACGUACUAGCAGGGUGGGUGGGUCUGCAAGUGGGCAUUCUGACGCUGCAGCAGAGAUACGGUCCACGAUUUUUUGUUCCUGCACGGUUUCUGCCUGUCAAGUAUAAUUACGAACGGCGCAUUGAUCUGCAGCAGUUGACACUGCUCAAGGGCGGUGACGAUUCCAUCGACUGCGUGAUAUGUAUGGUAGAGCUUGAGAUUGAAGCGCGUGACUACAUGAUUGCACCGUGCGACCAUAUUUUCCAUUGCGAGUGCCUCCGGGGAUGGAUGCAAGUCAAGAUGGAGUGUCCAACUUGUCGGCAUGUCCUGCCUGAGCCUUAA